AUGGAAGAGAUGGAAGAGGAGCUGAAAUGCCCCGUGUGCGGCUCCUUCUACCGGGAGCCCAUCAUCCUGCCCUGCUCGCACAACCUGUGCCAGGCGUGCGCCCGCAACAUCCUGGUGCAGACGCCGGAGUCGGAGUCGCCGCAGAGCCGCCGCGCCUCGGGCUCCGCCGCCUCCGACUACGACUACCUGGACCUGGACAAGAUGAGCCUGUACAGCGAGGCGGACAGCGGCUACGGCUCCUACGGCGGCUUCGCCAGCGCCCCCACCACGCCGUGCCAGAAGUCGCCCAACGGCGUGCGCGUGUUCCCGCCGGCCGCGCCGCCGCCGCCCGCCGCGCUGGCGCCGCCGCCGCCGCCGCGCAGCGCCUGCCUCACGUGCCCGCAGUGCCACCGCAGCCUGGGGCUGGACGAGCGCGGCCUGCGCGGCUUCCCCCGCAACCGCCUCCUGGAGGCCGUCAUCGACCGCUACCAGCAGGGCAAGGCGGCGGCGCUGCGCUGCCAGCUCUGCGAGAAGGCGCCCAAGGAGGCGGCCGUCAUGUGCGAGCAGUGCGACGUCUUCUACUGCGAUCCCUGCCGGCUCCGCUGCCACCCGCCCCGCGGGCCGCUGGCCAAGCACCGCCUGGUGCCGCCGGCCCAGGGCCGCGUCAGCCGCCGCCUCAGCCCCCGCAAGAUCUCCACCUGCACCGACCACGAGCUGGAGAACCACAGCAUGUACUGUGUGCAGUGCAAGAGCCCCGUCUGCUACCAGUGCCUCGAGGAGGGCAAGCACUCCAGCCACGAGGUCAAGGCGCUGGGCGCCAUGUGGAAGCUGCACAAGAGCCAGCUUUCCCAGGCCCUGAAUGGCUUGUCGGACAGAGCCAAGGAAGCAAAGGAGUUCCUGGUCCAGCUCCGCAACAUGGUGCAGCAAAUUCAGGAGAACAGCGUGGAAUUUGAGGCCUGCCUGGUGGCCCAAUGUGAUGCCCUCAUCGAUGCCCUCAACAGAAGGAAAGCCCAACUGCUGUCCCGCGUCAACAAGGAGCAUGAGCACAAGCUGAAGGUGGUGCGAGACCAGAUUUCUCACUGCACAGUCAAGCUCCGCCAGACCACAGGCUUGAUGGAGUACUGCCUGGAGGUGAUCAAGGAGAAUGACCCCAGCGGGUUCCUUCAGAUCUCCGACGCUUUGAUCAGGAGAGUGCACUUAACUGAGGACCAGUGGGGGAAGGGGACACUCACACCCCGGAUGACCACAGACUUCGACUUAAACCUUGACAACGCCCCUCUGCUGCAGUCCAUCCAUCAGCUCGACUUCGUGCAGAUGAAAGUUUCCUCUCCAGUGCCGGCACCCCCAAUCCUGCAACUAGAAGAGUGUUGCACCCACAACAACAGUGCCACCUUGUCCUGGAAGCAGCCUCCGUUGUCAACAGUGCAGGUGGAAGGCUACAUCCUGGAGCUUGAUGAUGGUAACGGCGGCCAGUUCAGGGAGGUGUACGUGGGCAAGGAGACCAUGUGUACAGUGGACGGGCUUCACUUCAACAGCACCUACAGCGCGCGUGUCAAAGCCUUCAACAAAACAGGAGUCAGCCCAUACAGCAAGACCCUGGUCCUCCAGACAUCUGAGGACACACAGUCAGAAGAACAGACCCUCCCUUUUCCAGUGCCUUUGGAAAGAUUGCAGCUUCGUAGAAUGAGUCCUUUCUCCUCCACCCUUAAUCUACAACCCAGCUUUCCGGGGAGAUCCUACUUUGAGCUAAGAUCUUCGGCCCACCAGCUGAGCUUGCAUUCUUCUUUACAGUCCCUGAAUUCAGCCGGAUGCAAUUUUGACACACAAGCAACACCUUACUCUCAAUUAGUUGACAUUAAAAAAAUGGUGGCAGUUGCUUGGUUUUCUUUCGAUCCUGCCUCUGCACAUGCUGACAUCAUCUUUUCUAAUGACAACCUGACUGUCACCUGCAACAGCUAUGAUGACAGGGUUGUGCUGGGGAAAACGGGCUUUUCCAAAGGGCUCCAUUAUUGGGAGUUGUCGAUUGAUCGUUACGAUAACCACCCUGACCCAGCCUUUGGCGUGGCACGCAUUGAUGUCCUGAAGGAUGCCAUGCUGGGCAAGGAUGACAAGGCCUGGGCCAUGUACGUGGACAAUAACCGGAGCUGGUUCAUGCACAACAAUUCGCACACCAACAGAACCGAGGGUGGGAUAACGAAAGGCGCCACAGUGGGAGUGCUCCUUGAUUUGACCAGGAGAACCUUGACAUUCUCCAUCAAUGAGGACCAGCAAGGGCCUGUCGCAUUUGAGAACCUAGAGGGCCUCUUCUUCCCAGCUGUCAGCCUGAACAGGAACGUGCAGGUGACGCUGCACACCGGCUUGCCCGUCCCCGACUUCUACACCUCCAGGUCGGCCAUGCAGUGA